AUGAACGCUGCAGCACAGGGCGAACAGGCCCUUAAGGACUCCAAUGCCCUCCUCGCCAUCCAACACUACACUCGCGCCCUCGCCGAGCUACCCCGCGCUGUCAAUUAUUAUGUCCAACGCUCAACCGCACACUCUCGCGUCAAGCCCGCAGACGGCGGCCCGAACUCCCUUGCUUCGCUCCAAGAUGCAGAAAUUGCCCUGGCACUUGCUCGCGAGCGCGGAAAGCGCGAGUUAAUCCUCGCAGCUCAGAUGCGCCGCGGAGUGUCACUGUUCCAGCUUGGCCGAUACAACGACGCGAAGUUCCUGUUCGACCUCAUUGAAUCAAAGACUCGGACUGAAGAUGGCCCGGAGGACAAAACGGCGAGCGUGCAGGCUGCGAUGUCAGGAUCGGGAAAGAGCAAGAAAGAUGCCGCUGAGCUGCAGAUCUGGCAGAUGCAGGUUGCCCGCAAGCUUAAAGCUCUUGAUAACCCCGAUGAGACGGCUAUUACGAUUGUCGAAUUCCCGAGCGAUACUAAGAUUCCAACAGAAAAGGAAAUCAAGGCUGAGCUGGAAAGCUUCAAGGCUGGAAAGGCUGCGCCGGUUGCGAAUGAGUCUAAGAAACGAAAUUCCCAACCCACUUCAAGUGCUGCUGCCACCUCGGCCCAGGAAACCACUCAAGGAGCCGAGGAAUCUAAGCCAUCCGUUGCUGUUCCUGAGAAGGUGCGCCAUGAGUGGUAUCAGUCCGGCGACUCUGUUGUCGUGACGCUCUACAUCAAGGGCAUCCAAAAGGACAGUGUUCAAAUUGAUCUGAAGGACCAGUCGGUUUCUCUACAAUUUCCCCUCCCAUCUGGCUCUGAUUACGACUUCACCCUCGACCCACUCUUUGCCCCAAUCGACCCCUCCACUUCCAAAGUGUCGGUAAUGGGCACCAAGAUCGAGCUUGUCCUCCAAAAGCAAACAGCAGGCCAAAAGUGGCGCUCCCUCGAGUCUUCUGUCACAGAAACAACUGUACUCACAGAUCGCCCCGCUGCCCCUUCAGCACCAGCCCCAUCUGGUCCUGCUUACCCAACUUCCUCUCGCCAUGGAGCUAAAGACUGGGACAAAGUUGCUUCCUCUCUGACAUCCAGCAAGUCCAAAGGUAAGAAGAAGGAGAAAGAAGGCGCUGCAGGAGACGAGUCUGAUGCAGAGUCUGUUGAUUCGGACUUUGGUGGCGAUGCAGUGGAUGGAUUCUUCAAAAAGCUCUACGCUGGCGCGGAUCCUGACACCCGUCGUGCCAUGAUGAAGAGUUAUGUCGAGAGCCAAGGAACGUCACUUAGCACCAACUGGUCCGAGGUUGGGACUAAGAAGAUGGAGGUACACGAGAGCUGA